UGUGUUCAGUGUGGAGGGGUGUAUAUAGUGUGCAUGUGAUCUGGAUGAGGCUGAGAUCUCCCUCUCUCUGUGGAUGAUGUCAUUGUGUUGGAGUAUAGCUCAGGGGCUGGAUCAGAUGAGAGAGCAGAGCAGGAGGAGUGGAGCAGGGUCCUCUUUCUGAAGCAGAGCUUGGAGUUUAUUCUCACCUGUUUUAAGUCAGAGGUUUUUUUUUUACCUCAGUAAAACCGGGUGUUUUAUAUUGUCUGCACGUGGAGAAUCUGCAGAUCCUCUGGAGGAGGUCAGUCAGCAGUGUGAUGUAGUGGUGCAGACAGUGGAAGCGGAUGAACCGGCGCUGUUAGAGGGGUCUGUGUGAGGGCUCCGCAGCAGCGAUGCCUCCGCAGGGUGUUGGGGAGUAUAAACCCGUCCCAGAGGCUGCAGUACCGCCGGUUCCGCCCAGGCGGGUCCGCAGUAAGGACCAGUCCAAAAAGGCUCGCCGGGGCUCGGCUGCAGAGCGCAGGGUGAAGUGUGUGCUGGUGGGGGACGGAGCUGUUGGGAAAACCAGUCUAAUAGUGAGUUACACCACCAACGGAUACCCCACCGAGUAUGUCCCAACUGCUUUUGAUAACUUCUCAGCGGUGGUGGCUGUGGACGGCAAGCCUGUGAAACUCCAGCUGUGCGACACUGCAGGCCAGGAUGAAUUUGAUAAGCUGCGGCCUCUGUGCUACACCAACGCAGACGUCUUUCUGCUGUGUUUCAGCGUCGUCUCGCCGUCCUCCUUUCAGAAUGUUCGGGAAAAGUGGAUCCCAGAGAUCCGCAGGCACUGUCCACGUGCCCCCAUCCUGUUGGUGGGCACCCAGGUGGACCUCAGACAGGACGUUAAAGUGCUCAUCCAGCUGGCUAAAUACAAGGAGCGCCCGGUUGAGGCCCAGGAGGCCGCCAUGUGUGCUGAGGAGGUGCGAGCUGUGUCUUAUAUGGAGUGCUCAGCACUGACCCAGAAGAACCUGAAGGAGGUUUUCGAUGCAGCCAUAUUGGCCAGCAUCCAGCACAUGGACAGCCAUCAUCAGCAGAGACUGACCAAACGUACACCAGAUAAGAUGAGGAAACUGUCUAAGUCCUGGUGGAGGAAAUACUGCUGUCUGGCAUAGAGGAAGGUCUGAGUGUGUGUUUUUGGACUCAACUGGGUUGGGGAGGGAGGUGAGAGAGACUGCAUCUAGAUCUUUCUUGGAACUUAGAAAUGGGACAGAGCACAGAAGCCUGAAAGGAGUGAAAUGGAAAUAUUAGCUGUACAUUUUUGACUACACUGAUGCAUCUGUUAAAAGAGCAAAAUGGAAAGGCAUUCUUCUUUUGAGUAAAUUGCCUGUGUACACUUUAUGAAAGAAUGAAUGAAGUUACACUUAAAUAGAGCCUUUCUAGGCACGCGAGGGCACUUUGAAAACAUGUUUUACACACAACCAUUUACACUCAGCACUCAUCCACAGACACACACACACUGGUCAGAAGUGGCAGCCAAUUGUGCACAGCAUACUCUCAACCAGAAACAACCAACUAAAUCGGGCACUGAGGCGUUCAACCAGCAUAGAAUGCCAUUUCAUAUGUGGGCAGUCAUACAGUCAUGCACACAUACAAAAUAGAGUAUGAAAUUUCUCUAAGCAGUUCAAGCAGUUUAACCCCUGAUCAGAGCAGCCAUGUUUUUCCAUCCAUCCUUUCUUCAUCUGUUCUCCUUCUUCACAAAGAGCUACAUAAUAGAAUCUUAGGUGUAACAAAGCAUUUAAUUCAUUUUCAGUAUCGAGUUAGCUUUAAAGGGCUUCAUCAGAAUCCAGUUACACACUGGAAGACCUAAUUUAACGUUGAGCUUUUCACUAUGCAGGGUGCCUCUCGCUAACACUAAUGCAGUAAGAAGUCCCUGAUGCUUUCCCCUUCCGUCCGGACUACCCAGCCUACACUGUGAAAUUGCAAAAUCCUCUUGGGCGGUCCCAGCAAAUUGUAUAUUUAUGCUGUUUCCUUUGCCGUAAAUACGUUGCGAAAUCCUAAUUAAAUGAAAUGGAUGACUGGCCUUCCUAAGACUAUCCUGUUUUCCUGUUGGCAAGGGUCCAAGGCUUGUUUACUCAAGAGUUACUGAAGUGUUAAAUCCCUAUCCAACAAAAAAAAGAGAGUAAAUUUUAGAAUACAAACAUAUUUUCAUGCACGGUUGUUUUGGCAUCUGUUUUUAUUUUCAUUGAUCUAUAAAGUCAAGGGAUGACCUGUUUUAAAAACAGCUGUGUAACAGAGUUCCUGCAGUUCAGUCUCUCCUGUUUACUUUAUGAGACCAUCCUGGGCUUCAGCAUACUCCACUUCAGAGUACGCCAUGAGGUCAUGGUCACUCGGCUGAAUGGCUAAGCAAGGAUUCGCCAGACCAGCUGAAAUGACUGGGCCUUCUGAGAGGUCAUAACAAACCUUGUCACGCCAGAUGUUAAGCGAACCGUUUAGUCCAAAGAGGAUGUUAGAUUUGUGUGAUAUUAGGAAAUGGCUGCUGAUCCGUGAUGCUGGUAAUGGGUGGAAUAUUGUUCAGAAAUGUGAGACUUGAAGAAUGUAAUGUGAAGUUCAUAACAUUUUUUUGAUGAAAUUACAGAUUGGUGAUCAUAAUAGCGCCUUAUGUGAGUUCUGUUCAUUUUCAGAAAGCCUUAACAGAAAACAAUAGCUUUUAAUAUGUGAAUAUCAGUUUAGGGGUUUUAUUUACAAUCAGUGUGCUGUUUUUAGAAAUUACAUUGUCAUAUAUGUACAUUGACCAGUCUUACCUUAUUCAAAUUAUGCAUAUUGUCGCUGCCACGCAAAAACAUAUACCUAUAUCAUUUGAAUAAUGUAAAUCACAGGAUUUCUUAAUAAAUGGACCAACAGAAUUGCUCCUAAAUUACAUAGAAUAAAAUAUUGUUCCAAUAACUUCUACUGAAAGUAAAGAAGGUGUUUUGCUUCUCCUGUAAAGUUGCCAUUUUGAAGAUAGGGAUAUUCAUUGAUCAGCAGCACAGUCUUGUCAACUGUAAGUUAUACAUUUGCAGAGCAUUAUCCUGAGGUAAAUAAUUGAUAAGGUCACCCACAUCAGAUGAACUGGAUCAGUCAGUCACCUGUUGAUAUGGGACAUGUGAGCAUGUGAAAAAAAGAGAGACACACUGAAUUGAGAAAGAGAGAGAAAAAGAGAGAGAGAGAUUAAUGUUUCACCAGAUAAGCAGUGGUAGACCCUGGAGUAUCUAUGUAUAAGACCACCAUUACCAAACCUGAUGUCUGUACUGAAGCUGAAUUGAGCCCUUCCAAUGAAUAACCGUAUUUUCUACCUUUUGAGAGAAAUCAGCUCUUGUUUCUUAUUUUUUUACGUUAAAAAACAAAAAUGUGCUUUAAUAUUUAGUAAUAACAUUAAUUAAUAUCUUACAAUGAUACAGAAAAUAGCUGAUUUCAUUUAAAUUAGAACAAAUGGUUGAUAUAUGUUUGUUCGUUGAAAAGGCUCUAUUAUCCUCACCCUGAAAAAGAAGCUGUUCCUGAUGUCUACCAUUAGAGUGUACCUGAGUAUGGGAUGGUGUUGUAUAUAAAGACAGUGAGGUGAAGUUGAAUGGGUAAUGGGUUUCCUGAAAGUGAUUACUGUAAACUGCAAGUGUGAAUCGAUGGUUCAAAGAAUCGAUGGUCCCAAAUUCUGAGUUUUCUGUAAAGGAAUGUUGUCUUAAAGGUCUCUGACACUAGCCUAUAGGUGGUUCAAUGCUGUCAGUGUGUUAUUACCAUGUCCUUCUCCAGUUACUGUAUGAUCUGUCUUUGGCGGUGACAUAAACUCUGUAAGAAAUAAUGCUGUGUUCCAAUGCUGAGUCCCAGAAGAAUCCAGGAUGGCUCCACUGCAUCAGCAGUAGUAAAAUCAGAAUGAUUAUACAGUUUAGAACUUCUAUCGAUGUGUGUCUCAUUAAAUCAGUCUGACACAUAGUACUGUCCAACUUCUAUCUGUAGACAUGUUUUAAUGUUGUUUGGAUGCGCAAAAUACUGUAUAAUACAUAUACUGUUAUAAACUGGGACCAUGCUAAAAAGGAUAACCUGGGACGUGAAAAGAGGGAAAUAUUUUGACUGGAUUAGUCAUAAAACACUGAUAAAUGGUGAAAAAAAAAACUGAAUUUUUAACUGGAACGUCAUUCCCAAUUCCAGUAUCUGAUUACCAAGGUUAGAGUGCCAUAAAAGGUGUUGUUCUUAAGGAAGCCAAAGCUGGUCCUUCUUUGAUUCAUAGAACAUUUCAUGAUGUUUGUUUAUAUAGUGUAUUUUAAUCAUCUUUGGGCUGAAUCAAACUGAAUUUUGACUGGUAUAAGUCAGUGUUGAUUGCUACAGUACUAAUUGCUUUUGCAAAAUCAUUUUAUGUAAAUAUUAAGCUGUUCUUCUGUUAUAAAGAUGCCAUGUACAGAUCAGUACUGCAGCAGUACUGUGAGCUGUCCCGUUUGCUAUGUGGACGGAUCUGUUGCAGCUUUAAGACUCUCAAUAGACAAAGAUAUUCAGACAGGAGUGAAAUGAGGUAAUAACAAAUUGUAUCAAUUGCUGUACUUCGGAAAAUAAAUAUGCAGUUUACGUAUAA